CUGAAAUUGUAAACAUCGGUGACAAAUAUAUUUAAAUGUUUUAUAAAAUUCAUUUAUAAUAAUGGAGAAACGACAAGCUUCUGGUGGAAAAGUGAGAUCUAAAACAAAUUUGAAAGGAGAAAAAAAUGUUGAUUUGGCUGCAAAAAUAGAUGAAACUGAUGAAAUGAAGUUGAAAAUGUUAGCAGGUCUCGACAAACCAGAUCCCGAUGAUAUCCUUUAUCCACCAGAGCUAAAUGCACAUCUUAUUGAGCAAAUGAAGAUAAUGACUGGUGAAAAUAAUGAAUUACGAAAGUGUGUAUUCACUAAAGAUGAAGAAAUAAAGGAACUUAAAAAAACUGUUCUGGAUCUUAAUCAACGCAUAAGAGACAUAAUCUCUGGUUCAGGUCCCGCUAUAUCAUCAAAGUCAGCUGGCAUCAUAAGUGCAAAAAUAACUGAACUUUGUAAACAGAAUCGGCAUCUAGUAGCUGAAGUUGAAAGUUACAAGACUAAAAAUGCUACACUUGAGCGAAAAAUAAUGCAAUUAGAUAUUAUUAAUAAAGAAAAUGAGAAAUUGGACGCUUGCUUGUGUAAAGAAGAACCUAUUGAUGCUAGCUAUGAUGAGCUAAAAGAAUUGAACAGCAAACUUAAUGUUGUAAAUAAAAAACUCUGCGAUAGUAAAAAUAGAAAUUUGGAACUAAAAAAUGAGAUUUUGAUCGCAACCAAAAUUUUACAAAAGGAGCUGGGCGAAAAAUUUACAAGUAUUAAGGACCUGCAAAAUGAUUUGGCUGGUUGGAAAGGAAGAGCUCAACAAAUUGUUUUAUUACAAGCAAGAAUCAAUGAUCUUGAGCAAAAGUUAAAUGGAAAACAAAAGGAUUUAAAUGAAGUUAAGAAAAAAGAUCAAACUCAAGUACUCAGAGACCUUGAAAUGAAAAAGAAAAAAGAAAUUGAUCAAGCAAUGAAGAAUUAUGAUGAAUUAAAAGAAGAUAACGUGGAUUUAAAAAGAAAAUUGGAAGGUGCCAGAUGUAGAAUCAGAAACCUAGAAUGUGAUGCCACAACUAUCCGCCAAAAAAUGCAAACGUUCAUUGAAAAGAGUGAACAUGAUGAUCUACUUAUAAAUGAGCAGAGGAAUCAGGUAAAAAACCUGGAGGCGUAUUACCAAGAAAUGCUUAAAGAUAAUACCGUUAAAAUGAAUAAAAUGCAAAACGAGAUAUUGGAAUACCAGAAAAGCAUAAAGAAUACUGACGCUAAAAUAGAUGCUCUUCGAGAACAAUCCACAGAAAAGGCAACCAAGAUUGAGGAGCUGAGAGCCCAGUUGUUAAGAUACGAAGAAUGUUCCUUGCAAAGUGUAUUUUUCACUCCAAUGAAAACUGCUACAGACAAUGAAAUUAAAAAACUUACCGAGUUAGUCAUAACUCUUAAUGAGAGAUUAGAUUUAGAAAGACAUAAAUGGGAAGAAUUAGAUGCGAGUCACAGGAAAACUAAAGAAAGAAAAAGAAGGCUGGAAAAAAAAUUGAACCUCCUUGAAUCAGAAAUAAAGAAUUUGAAAGACUCUAGGAGAGCAUCAAAAUCUUCAAAGAGCGUGUUACAAAAAGAAAUUGAAACCACAACUGUACUUGGUGCACACUCAGUUACUAAAAAGCAGUCUUCAGUUACGGGUAUUGUUGAAAAAUCAAGUGAAACCAUUUCAUCUGAAACUCAAAGUGAUGGUUAUGAAUCGAUGGAUAAAGACGAAUUGAAAUACAAGCUUGAACUCGCGGAUGAAAAAUUAAAAAUUAUGGAAGACAAACUAAAGAUGAUUGAGGAAGAAAAACAAGAUGAUUACAAUCAUUUGACUGAAAUGGUAAAAAAUUCUAAGCAGUUAUUCCAUGAAGCCCUUGCGGUUUUAAAAAGAGACAAAUGCCAAUGCGUUAAAUAGCUUGAAUAAAUUUGUGAUUUAGUUUUCUACAAGACAGAGUGAUAGUGAUUGUCACGAAGUUUCAAAAUGGGAAGAUGUAAUGCGCACAAUUUCUCGUCAUCUCAGUCUGUCAGAGAUCAAGUCAGCCCACAGCACCACGCUGUCUUAUGCCUUCAACUUUGCAUUGAACGACAAGACGUUCUAUGGACUGGCUGCUUCGUCUCGAUACGUGUCCAAAGAAGGCGCGUAUGCGGGAUGGCACUAUGGAAGAUAAACGCUUUUUAUUUUUAGUUCCUGGGGUAUCCAAACUUUCGUUUGAAAUUCGGUUCACGAUACACGAAGCAUCCUUCUCCAGCACCAAAUUUCCAGAGUGUCCAUCUUCU